AUGGCGGAAGUCUUUUUUAUUGUGCGUUUACGGAAUCUCGUGGUUGGUAUUCCAACCUACGGUACGAUCUCCCGGGGGUUGUAUGCAUCUGUCAUGUUAUAUGUAAAAUAGGCUUUGCUGCCCAAAUGGAAAUUGAAGGGUUCCCUCUUGCA